AUGCAACGAGACAAAAUCAAAAUUAAGGCCAGGAACCCCGACGGUGGGAAAGAGGAAGCUUCACUCAACGCUGCCAUCGACGACACCCUUGAGGGGAACAUCAUUGCGCGGCAGUGGUCAGAGCACCUCAACUUGGAAAAUACCCCAUUCCACUCGUUCACUACGCUUCGCGACUCUCAUGACGUCUCAUACACUGUCGACAGCAUGGUGGAGUUGCUGUUAGGGCCGGCAAAUGAUGGGUGGACAGAUGUCGCUCCUUUCUACGUUUCCAGCAGUGAGAGCGGAUCUCUCUCUGGUGGAUUCCAGGUCCUGCUCGGGAAGAGUUGGAAGGGAAAAUUUAGGCUACCUAGCGAUUCCGGACCGGAGCUUUACAAGGCAGCUCCUUCCGUUUACCAUUACAAAGGCCGUGACGACAAAGAGAAACGACAGGCGGAAGCGCGAAAGCUUGAGGAGGAAAGACGGAAGAUAGCGAAGCAGAAUGACGCCGAAUUCAACAAAAUAAAGAAAGACAGAGCGGCUUAG